GCCAGACAAACCGACAGCCUGAAGAUUAAUUAGACCCUAACAAACCAUGACUAUAUCCGCACAGAGCAAAACUGACCCUGCAGAUGGCAAGUUUAGCCAUCUGCGAAGUGCUAAAUCUAGCCACCGUUUGAACCAAAUCGAAAAGAUUAGGGCUCACGGUGUCGGAGAUUUGGUAGCUUUGCCGCAGCUGGUCGUAUGCGGAGACCAGUCGGCAGGGAAGAGCUCGGUCUUGGAGGGCAUAACAGGCAUACCGUUUCCACGACAGGAGGGACUUUGCACGAGGUUUCCUACCGAAAUCACUCUUCGCCAUACAGAGAGCGAGACAGUUACUAUUACUGCCAGUAUCAGACCUCAUGGUUCACGGGCGCCAGAGGUUCAGCAGACACUUGCUGCUUACCGCAAAGAAGUCGCGGAUAUGUCAGAGCUCCCCGAUAUUAUCCAAGAAGUCUCACGUUUAAUGAACAUUCGUGGGUACUCAGACAACAAUGACGGAUAUGCUUUCGCACCAGACGCCCUUCGCAUAGAGGUAGCCGGUUCUAUUGGCUUACAUCUCAGCGUGGUGGACUUGCCAGGACUGAUAUCCGUUGCAAACGAAGAACAAACCGAAGAAGACGUGGAAGCCGUUCAUAGCAUGGUUACUGGCUAUCUUCAGAAUUCAAGAACAAUAAUUCUUGCUGUUCUCCAAGCAGGUAACGAUAUGGCAAAUCAACCCAUUAUCAAACUAGCUAGGAGCCAUGAUACUUUAGGCCAACGAACUGUUGGAAUUAUUACAAAACCUGAUUUGAUCAACCAAGGUACUGAAGCCAAACUUGCACUUGUGGCUAAAAAUCAAGACAACAUCAAACUCAAACUGGGAUUUUUCCUAUUGAAGAAUCCUAGCCCUUCAGAGCUCAAAAACGGGUUGACGAUGAGGGAGCGUUCUAGUCGUGAGCUGCGCUUCUUCUCAAGCGCUUCUUGGGUUGACCAAAAUCUUGACAUGAAUAGAGUUGGGGCGGAAAAGCUUCGAAUAUUCCUCCAAGACCUACUCGAUACACAUAUAGAGAGAGAGCUGCCUAAAGUACGAGAAGAAAUCAAGAAGCUGUUAGUUGUGACGGAACUUGAGCUGAAAUCCAUGGGAGAUGCUCGACCUACCAUUGAUCUAAUCAGGACUUUCCUCACCAGCCUGAGCAUGCGAUUUUAUGAACUUUUGCAAGCGGCCCUUGAUGGCAACUAUUAUAGUAUUGACGCAGCAUUCUUCUUGGGGAGUGAAAGCUCCAGAUUACGAGCCAGUAUACAAAAAAUGAACACGUCAUUCGCAAAUCAUAUGAGAAAUUCCGGACAGAAGCGAAAGAUGACAACCGAUCUCGAACCUAACCGCUCGGUUCCCGAGGUAAAAGAUCCAAAGAAUCAUGAACCGGCCUACGAUAUGUCCCAGAUUUUAGUUAGUAGGAAGGGGAUGAUACAGUGGGUGAAGCAGGUCUAUUCACGUACCAGAGGAAAAGAGCUCCCUGGGAAUUACAAUUCCGCGCUUUUGGCUGAACUCUUUCGAGAACAGUCGAGUCGGUGGCCGGAUAUUGCUGAGACACAUAUUCACAGUAUUCUAAAGACAGUGACUCAGUGGAUCCAGCUUGCAGUGGAACGGUUGAUUCCCGAUGACAACAUGCGCAGCCAAAUUCACAUCAUUUUGCAAGAAUGGCUUGAGCACACAGAAAGGGUCGCAUUAGAAGAGUUGGAAAAACUUAUUGCAGACGAACAACGCACCCCCCUAACUUACAACCAUUAUUAUACAGACAACGUCCAGAAAUAUCGACUAGACACGCAAAAACAAGCUGUACAGAAAGCAGUUCAGGCAGAGCACGAUCUCCAUGGGAAGCUUCACAUAAGUAAUGUUUCUGUUGAUAUAGAGAAAUUUAUUGCUGCAAUUGGGUCUCGUAUCACGGUAGAUAUGGAUGAGCAGGCGUGUAAUAACGCCAUCACAGAACUACAAGCAUACUACAAGGUGGCAAUGAAGACAUUCGUUGAUAACGUGGCGCGACAAGUUAUUGAACGACAUAUAAUAGCACCACUCCCAGGUGCAUUCUGUCCAAAUUCCGUCUCUCAGCUUUCUGAUGAAGACUUGCUCCGAAUCGGCUCUGAGUCAGCGAAACAAAUUGCUAGGCGAGAAAAGUUGGCUGCACAGGCUCAAGGCUUGAAGAAAAGUCUAAAAGAUCUACAAAAGCCCGUAUGACGUUAUGACUGGCGGUCUUUGAGUGUAUAUUUAUAUCCUUUUUGCUCUAAAUUCGCCGUGUUUUUCUUUGUUUAUGUGAUGAUAUGGGUUCUUUUAUCUGCUUGAUAGUGAUUUUUUUUUGGAGUUGUCGGACUGUAAUAUCGAUUCAGUUAGGUGCCUACUUCUCAGCUCUGGUUUUCCCAUUGGGUUUUCCCAAAGCUUUAACGUGAAUACGGAGGAGUUGUAAUAGAAUAUUUUCAAGAAAAUUCAAGACCAA